GAGUAUAAGUGCAACUGCUGUCGGGGUCGGUUCGUUUGCGUCGCUGCGUUUUAUUUUGUUGGUGUUUUUGUCGUUAAAAGUGUUUUUUGAUUCGACUUCUUUGCAUAAGAAUAAGUGUGCCAAUCGUAUCAAUAGAGAUUGGGGCCAAUUUAGACGCCCAGAAUCACAGUUGCAGUGUUCUUUAAAUAGUUGAAAAAAUCGCAAACGCAAUAGCCAUUGAAAAACAAUGAAUAUGAUUCAAUGACGUCGCGAAACCAAAUCGUGAAUCGUCAAAGCGAAAGAGCAAGCAGAGAAGGGAAAAGUCAAAGUGAACAGCCGCCUGUAUAUGUUUAUGCGGGCUGCUGCUGCUGACACUAUAUCUCAAAUCAAAAGUUAACAUAUAUAAAUAACCGAAUAGUAUCACAUUUAAACAAAUCCAACAUAUUAAAUUGAUUGAAACAUGUGCUAAAAACUAAUAUAAAAAACAAAUUCUCCAGAUGGGUUCACGUAUCAAAAGCGACGUAAAGAAACUCUUUGAGUUUUGGUGCGAAGUGAAGCCCACACGCGGCAUCGAUCGUGGCACCGUUAGCCGCAAUGGUGGAGCUGCCGCUAAACCCGAUGGUAUUAUUAUCGAGAGCUUCCCGGAGGGCUUUCGCGAUAAGGAGAUGCUCAACACUGGCAUCCCAUCGUUUGCGUUUCCCUGCGAACUCGAAAGGGGCUCCGUGCAAUCCUAUUCAUUUGUGCACACCACCGGCGAUUCCAAGUGGCGUUUCGGCUUCUGUCGACAUGAUCCCAAGACGGAAACGGCCAUGGUGCUGAUCACCUAUCUGCCGUGGCACGAUACCUUCCUCAAGCUGUUGAUUGUGCUGGCGGAGUUGAGGCGCACCGAUCGGAAUGGGUUUCGCACUUUCCUAUCGGAGGCCUACAACAGAGGCGUGCCCGAUUCGGGUGGCAGUCUAACGGUAUUCUAUAACAGCGGCCAAAGCCAUUUUACUUUCGAGCGGCCGUUGCAAUUUCAGCUGCCUAGCAUACCAGAAAAUCACAAUCUAAAUCUGUAUUAUAACUUUGUGGAUCCCAAGGAGAUGAUCAGCGUAUUUGCUGCCAUGCUGGCCGAGCGUCGCAUUAUAUUUACAUCGAGUCACCUGGAUCGUCUAUCCUCAUGCAUACAGGCAGCCAAUGCAUUCCUAUAUCCCAUGGUCUGGCAGCAUAUAUUUAUACCGAUCUUGCCCUGGGCGUUUAAGGAUUACCUGGGCGCACCCAUGCCAUAUCUAAUUGGUGUGCCCAAGCCUGUGCUCGAAACUGUUUCCGCCGAUGAGCUCGGCGAAGUUGUGAUCUUAAACUGUGAUACGAAAGUGUUCGAGAGUCCGUUUGAUGAUGUGCGCGCCCUGCCGCCAGAGAUUGUGUCACAGAUGAAGAAAUACCUGAGUCACACACAGGAUCACAUUGGAGAUCGUGUUUCUAAAAUAUUUCUGGGCGCAUUGGUGCAACUGAUUGGCGGCUAUCGGGACGCUGUUGAGUUUCACGAUACCUGCAAAACGUUCAAUCACGACAAAUUCAUUGAAUCUCGGCCCGCACACUUGCGUCCAUUUCUAACCAAAAUGAUGGAGCUACAAAUCUUUGCGCAGUUCGUUGACGACAGACUCAAAAUGCUUAACAGCGGCCUGGGUUUCUCGGAUGAAUUUGAACUGGAAACUGUGCGCUAUGCGGAGAAGAUGAAAAAGCGCGGACGCAACUAUGUCUUCCUCAAGCAUGUCAAGGACAAGACUAAUCCAGCUGUUAAGUCUGCUGUUAAAUCGGUCAAGGAGAGCUCGCGUGGCGUUAAGACCGCCUACAAGAAGUGGCGCGACAACGGCAGCCAUAACCACAAUCCCAACAAUCACUUCCAUUUCGGGCUGAGCUCGCCGCAACACUCGGAUCGUCCGGACGGCAGCAGUACGCUUUACGGCCGUAAGGUGACACAUCGUUCGGCGCCCAGUUCGCCGGUGUGCAGCAAGCGCGAGUUGAACUUGAAUGGCCAGCAGCAGCAGCCGAUGGAGCAGCACAUGCUGCAGCUGCCCCCCGGGCAACAGCACCAGCAGCAGCGACGAGCGCCUGUGCCGCUGGCCAUGUCCAGCUCGAGCAGCCAGAUACCGGCAAAUGGUUAUGCGUUGGGUGCGCCGCUUAAUGCUAAUUUUGAUCAUAUUGUGGGUGCGUCUCCUGCUGUUAGCUCGGCAAGCUCGAUCUGUUCAUCGGAGAUGAAUCUGUCGCAGGAGCUGCAGAAUCAUCCGCUCUUUAAAAUGCCCGCCGUCGAUCGCAGCCUGAAGCCAAACGCUGAGCAUCACAGCACGCGCUCACGCAACGGCGCACCGCCGGCACGCCCACCGCCGCCCGUCACGCUGCCGCAACAACCCGCCUCCUACUACAAUCAUCCGUAUGCGCCGAACUGCAACAGCGCUAUCGUCAGCAGCUCCAUGCAUCCGUUAGUUGAUUCAAAGCCGCCGAGGCACACGUCAACGCCCACCAAGCCACGGCCGCUUGCCAGCACAGACUCGAGCUUUGAUAGUCCACCGGACGUGCAAUCGCCGCCCAUACCGCCCAGACGUCAGUGCAGCGCCAAUGCUGUGGUGGCAGCCACAGCGGCUGCUGUUAGCGCUGGCAUCAAUCGACUGGAGCGCAAUUGCUGGCAGGAUGAGUCAAACGAUUCGAAUAUCUCGUCAUCAGGAUCAGGAUCGGCGUCGUCAACGUCAUCGUCCAGCUCGUCCUGUUCGUCGGCCGCUUCGUUUGUUACGGCCGCCUCCAGAUUCUCGCAGCUGAAUGUAUCAUCGCCGCUCAGCUCCGACUCGGCGCCAAUACCAACGCCGCGGGCCAAGAGAGAGUCACCGCGCAGCAGCAAUAGCAGCAGCAAUGCCCAACCACGCCCGGAGGACAGCAUGAACGAUCUGAUAUCGCUGGACGAUAGCAACAAUACCAGCUUUGAUCUGGAGGAUUUCGAUCCGUUAAAUCAGAAUGCACGCCCGCUGCCGCCGCUGGGCAGAAACUUCAACAGCAACCACAAGUCCAAGUCGAGCACUCUGCCAGUCGGCGUCAACAGCAGCAGCGUGCUCAGCCAGGCCAACAAUAGUGUCAACAAUCCGCUCUAUCCCUACUUUGCGCCCAAGCACAUGGCCACCGUUGCGGCUGUUACGAGUCGCGUGGCGCCGACGCAAAUCCAACGAAGCAGCGGCGGCGGGGGACUCGCAGCCAAGCCGCCAGAUGAUGACUUUGAGCUGUUGCGCAAAUACGGAUUGGAUCAGUUCUCGCUGAAUGGGGCCACGGCAACAGCUGGAGGCGCCAAUGCAAAGUCAGCACUGACCGCGGGCGCAGGCGCUGGCAAGGGCAUGAACAACUGGACGACCUUUGAUUAGAGUGAGGCGCCAACAGCUAGCUGGAAAAUAUACCAAAAUAAGUGUGAUUAGGUUUAGGAUUCGUAUUGUAUAUAGCUAGACGUAGGCACGAUAUGUUACCAGACAAAACCUUAAAUAUUAUUAUUAUGCUAGUUAUAGUGCGAGAACAACAACAAAACAGCUUGUGUUAACUAUUAGCGGCUUGGCUUAUCAAAAAAACAAAAAACACAAAAGAAAUGUAUAAGCAACAAAUUUACGAGCAACUAUUUAAAGAAGAUAUAAGCAAAUACAAA